GCGGGAGGCGCCGGCACGCGCGACGUUGUCGCCGGCUGCCAGUCGAUCGCGAGACGUCCACAAAGUGGUACGCGUGUCGCCGUCUGUACUUACACUUGCGACGAUCGUAAUUGAGCGCGCGCGCCUUUAAACUUACGAACGGUUACAACGCAUACCGGCGCCCGGCGCCAAUAGGACUUUCGACCAUACUCGCGUAGGACAACAUGUGCUGGAUUAACGUGCCUCUUCCUAUAGUGUUCGAACAGGUGCAGCCCGCAAACGGCAGAUAGUGUUGCGGCUAGACCGCUAGUGAACUCGGUGACUGUGUAAACGUUGUUGCGGUUGAACGCCUGUAGGAUUUGCAAUAAACAGCCGCCACGCGCGGCCGAGUAUGACGAUGGACCAGCAGACAGGCCUCAUGUCCCUCAACAUGUCCCCGUUCGAUCUGAGCCCGGGACCCGAAGGCUCGGGUUCGGGCGGUGGGCCUUCGGGAACUUCCCAACAGUAUGUGCCACAAGGCGCCGCGUACCAGUGUGGGCCGGAGCAGCAGUCUUUCGGCUACGCCAAUCUGGAUCCCUCUUAUCUGUUUCCCACAGGCGCCGGAGGCGAGGCCGGAGCCUACCUGCCGGCUACCGGCGCGGUUUGCGACCAGACCGACACCAAGGAUGUCAUCGAGGAACUGUGUCCCGUAUGCGGGGACAAAGUCAGUGGAUACCACUACGGCCUGCUUACAUGCGAAUCAUGUAAAGGAUUUUUCAAGCGGACCGUACAAAAUAAGAAGGUGUACACAUGCGUCGCAGAACGAGCAUGUCACAUAGACAAGACACAGAGGAAACGCUGUCCCUUUUGCCGAUUUCAGAAAUGUCUGGAUGUCGGCAUGAAGCUUGAAGCUGUUCGAGCAGACCGUAUGCGGGGAGGGCGAAACAAAUUUGGCCCUAUGUACAAACGAGACCGCGCUCGCAAGUUACAAAUGAUGCGACAGAGGCAGAUAGCAGUACAAACACUGCGAGGAUCGAUCGGAGACGGCAGCCUCGUGCUAGGCUUCGGCUCUCCCUACGCGUCAGUGCCAGUGAAGCAGGAGAUUCAGAUACCGCAGGUGUCGUCGCUGACGUCGUCGCCAGAGUCGUCGCCGGGCCCGGCGCUGCUGGCGGCACAGCCGCAGCCGCAGCAGCCGCCGCCGCCUCCCGCGCACGACAAGUGGGAGGCGCACUCGCCGCACUCGGCGUCGCCUGACGCCUUCGCCUUCGACGCUCCCGCCACCAACGCCGCCACGCCCUCCAGCACCGCCGAGCCCACGAGCACGGAAACCCUGCGAGUCUCGCCCAUGAUCCGCGAAUUCGUCCAGACGAUUGACGACCGCGAGUGGCAGAACUCACUCUUCGGACUCUUGCAGAGCCAAACUUAUAACCAGUGCGAAGUUGAUCUCUUCGAAUUAAUGUGUAAAGUGCUGGACCAAAACUUGUUUUCUCAAGUGGACUGGGCGAGAAACACCGUGUUCUUUAAGUAUUUAAAGGUUGACGAUCAAAUGAAGCUGCUCCAGAACUCUUGGUCGGACAUGCUGGUGCUGGACCACCUGCACCAGCGCAUGCACAACGGGCUGCCGGACGAGACGACGCUGCACAACGGGCAGAAGUUCGACCUCAUCUGCCUGGGGCUGCUGGGUGUGCCCGCGCUGGCCGACCACUUCAACGAGCUGCAGAACAAACUGGCCGAACUCAAAUUCGACGUCCCAGACUACAUCUGCGUUAAAUUCCUUCUUCUACUAAAUCCCGACGUGAGGGGCAUCGUGAACGUCAAGUGCGUCCGUGAUGGCUACCAGACGGUGCAAGCUGCGCUCCUAGAUUACACGCUCACCUGCUAUCCAAAUAUACAGGACAAGUUCGGCAAGCUGGUGACAGUGGUGCCCGAGAUCCACGCUCUAGCGUCGCGCGGCGAGGAGCACCUGUACCAGCGGCACUGUGCGGGCCAGGCGCCCACGCAGACGCUGCUCAUGGAGAUGCUGCACGCGAAACGCAAGCCGAACGGGGGCGAAAUGGUUAACCGGAGUGCCGAGCACACGUCGACCCUAGACCGAUUGUGCGGUUUCCUGCCUAGCGACGCCAUUGAGCCGCAUUCGCCCAUUUAGAAUCUUGAAGUCCCAGUGAAGGGUAAGGUUAAGACCGAAGAAGCGCCAAGCGCCCCGACACGGCCGACACCACAUCAGAUGCGUCGUUCGACAAACUUUACUUAUUAACUUAGCUUUAGUUUGUAAUUUGGUGUGUGAUUAAAUAAGUUAUUGCGCUGAGCGCCGGCUGGGCGGUGCGGCGCGUGCCUAGUCCGAAAAGAUAAAACAAAUAUUUAUCUACCUAAUAUCUACAUAACGUAAAUACAGAAAUAUUUAUUUAACAGUAUGUUAUCUUCAUUCAAGAGUGAAUCAAAAUUAUAAUCAGCAAAUUGUACGCUCGAUCAUAUUAGAGAAACAAUAGUCAGACGAAUUCUUCAGCCAAGUCUAACAAUACUUACUUCUUGCGCUUGCUUGUUUGUUUUCAUUUCAUAUUUCAUGUUGCACAACUAUCGAGCACCACGUACGUUUGAUCUGGCUAAAACAAGACAAGACUUAAGGCAUCAAAAUAUCGGAUCAUAAGUUGUUUUGAUUUACUAGUUAUGGGACACUAGACUGACCUAAUAAAGCCAAGGUAGUGCCUGCAGUAAUGAAAUAGACACCUGACUGGAGGCCUGCAGUUGCUGCAACUCUGUGUUGUUUAAUACCGGUCUACAUCAAUAAACUAAAGUUGCCUCUUUCAGCAAGCUCAUGAUUGUUAUGAUCGAUACUCUUGCAUCCUUUAGGCUCUUUAGCAGUAUGUGUCCGUUUUCACGAUCAAUCGAACGUGCCAUACGAAUAAGCGCAAGACUAAUGAAGCGAUUAGUGUAACUUGGGUCAGGUACGAAAUAAUUCUAGUGUAUCGAUGGCUUGGCUUCUCUAGCGUAUUCACUGAAACUGUUUUAUAUUGUAAAUACAUGUCUUAACUGUAGAUUCUUUGGACUUUGUUGCUUAGUGAAGAGAAAUAUUACAUACAUAUUUUAGGAAAGCGUCUGUGAUUAUAAACGAAGAAAUUUGAUGAAAAACCGUUUUUAAUGUUAGUUGAAAAAUAUGUAUAAUAAUAGUUGUUAGUUUUAUUACGGUAACUAUAGUACGAGUAUGUUUGGUUUGAGCGCUAAUACUAGCGCCGUCUUUUCUAAUCUAUUGUUCAAAAUUAUAAUACACAAUUGAGUAAUUAUUUGAGUAAUUUGGAAGCACUUGACAAGUAGUAAGUGUGCGUUCUAUGGUGAUAUAUUGUAUAGGGCCGCGGUCGGCACGGCGGCGGUGGCGGCAGCCCACGAGUGGACAAGGCCGCAAGCGCGGCGGCUUUAGGUUUUCACUAUUACAGAUUUUAUUAAGAGUUGGCAAGUAACAUUUUAAAAGUUUUAUUCUAACUAUAAGACCAAUUGUGCUAAGUUACAUUCGUGUUUAAAAUUAACCCUCAAAUAUUUAUAUUUGUUGUAUUAUAAUGUCAAAUUAUGUUUAUCGGCCAUACCAGUACAAAUUAUAAUCCUUGUUAAAACUAACUAGCACAUUUACCGUGAUUAAAUAUACUUAUACUAUUAUAAAUUAUGUAAAUUAACCCUCAUCGUACCUACUGAAAGAAGCCUUAAAAAUCAUAGAUUUUUAAAUGAUAAUAUGGGUACUAGUUUCUACUGGCCAAUGGCCAAGGAAAAUGAUGUAUUUUUAUAAAAAAUAUUGUUCUUUAUUAACAUAUAAAAUAUGUUAAAAUGAAAGUACAUUAUUUCGUAUUUUUCUAUCAAAUAGUAGUGUACGUAAAGAAAUUAAAUGAUCAAUCUGUAAGUGAAAUUGGUUAUAUAUAAUAUUGUUAUCACUGUGUAUUAUGUAGGUACCUGCGCUGCAAUUCUUUUGGGAUCUUUAUUUUUGUAAUAUAAGGUUAGUCGAGCGGCGGGCGCCGCGCGCUGGCGCUGCCGCUGCUGCCGGCCGCGGCGCCCGCCGCCGCGCUCGCCUCGAGGCGACGUGUCUAGUUCGGAUGGUUUUAAUUAAUCAAAAAUGUGAUUGACGGUUUGUGUAAGUAAAUGUUAAUAUUAAAUACCUAUCUUAUAGUGUCAUUGCACCAAGUGCGACGGUACCGUAAGCCGCAUCAACGAGUAAGUAGGUUAGUACAUGUUGGGUAAUGUUAUUUUCAUAUUUGACUUUGCGGCUCUUGUAUAAAAUUAUUGCACCGUAUUUUAAAUUUAAUACCGUCCAGUGAACACUGUAAAUUUAUUCUCAUGACAUAUUUUAGAGAUUUAUUUGAGUUUAGUAAUAGCGAAAUUUAAGUAAUGAUCCAGUGGUAAUAAACGGGCCGAAAGGAACAUUUCUAAAUCUCUAUUCAUUCACUACGUUUUGUUGAGUACAUUUUAUUCACAAGCAUCGAGUAUCGUCAUUAAUAAGUUUCGUGUUCCAAGUCCUUAGUCAUUCAGAUAUAUUGAAAUCGAUAUAAACUAGCGCUCAUAUUCUUUGUGACCAUGAAGAGUUCCUCUCGAUGCGUAGUAGGUGGCCGCCCGGGACAAGAGAGCGACUACGCUGGGUAAUCGUUAGUAAUACUGGUCCAAGUCACGCCUGCUAUUUAGUUUGCGACAAAACAAUAGUUACCACCUAUUAUUGAUAUAUGUUAGACAUAUAAACAGCAACCCGACACCUACUGUAUGAGGAGUAGUACCUGCUUUAAAUUAACUGUAAAAAAAGAGUUCCUUCUAAUGUUGUUGUAGUAAUUUUAUUACAAAAACAUUAUUUCCUGUAUAAUUUUGAACAACCGAAUAAUAUGUUACUGUAUAUUGGUAUAUCGCAUAAAAGUUUUACAAGUUUGUAAAUUUUGUCGCACGUUUGUUGAACGUCCAUCCCCACUUUUGUAACCACGUACGAUCAGAUUUAGUUAUUGUGUAGUUCUUCCAUCUCUAACACACUGCUAGCGGUUAUUCGAGUUUGUUAAGUUGCUUUGUCAUUUUAUAUUCUGUUUUAUUUUUUAUAUGAUUUAAAUGUCAAUUAGAUUCAGAGAAGUUUUAAUUAGUGUCGUGAUUCUUAAUUCUUAUUAUACAGUUUUCGAUCUCCCAUAUGCAGGGGCAGAGCCGAUGUAAUCUGUGAUGGUAUAUUUAUGGCAUAGUGCAAUAGGCGUUGCGACUCUAACGCAGCCAGAGGGAUGGGGUCCGCCGGGGCUGUGCCGAGUCUGUCGCUCGGUCGCCAAGGGCUCGAGGGUGUUGGCCAAGAACACCCAUCAUAACUAUGGUUCACUAGCUCUCCUACCUUAUUGAAUAAAAUAUGAUUAUAUGCAGCCAUUUAAACCACAAUUUUUGAUUCCUGUGUUUAUUUAAUUUUACCGAAUAUGUUACCAUUUAUACAGUAUUUUUUUGUACGUGAUUUUGCAGUUUAAUAUUUAACGUAACAGUAUUAAUGUUUUGUACCAGAUAUAUGUAUUCCGUGUACCGCGCUAAUACGGGGAAUCAAGUAUUGUUGUAUCGUGAGUGACGAGUGCCACGUACCAGUAGACUACAACUGCAAGGGAAAAUCUACUUACCAGCAUACACAUAUAAAUAGGUACUGAGUUCAUAUAAUACCUGUGCUACAAUGAAUAUAACAUGAUUGAAUAUAAAUCUAGGUUCUAUGUAUAUUGGAAGGAGUUUUAGUGAGACAAUUAGUUUGCUAUACCUAACUCGUGUUCUGAUGUAAUUCGAACAAGUGAUAUGGCGCGAGCAGCAGUCACAGCGCGUAGCGACUGACGAUAUUUGCGACGUAUGUAAUCAAAUGCUUAUAAGUAUAUAUAAUAUAAGAGAAGUAAAACUUCUUUUAUAAAUGUGUCUUAAUUUUAUUGUCAUGUUUCAUUAAGUCUACUCGGCAACCGCGUAAACUAAAAAUAUAAAUUGGUAUGUACUUACGAUACGGUACAGUACUGUACGUAAUCGCGACAAUCUUUCACUGGCUCCGGGACGGCGCCGGGAGCUUUGGGUACAAACAUACAUGUUUUGUGAUAAUGUAAUUGCGAGUAGGUUGUUACUUUAAACGUCAAAUACAAGAGGUUAAGCAAUGAAGGUCCAAGGUGAAGUGCAUGGUUACAGAGUGGCGUGCCAUUAGUUAGGCAAUUGUACAGGGUUCGCGACAGUGUUGGUCGGGAAACGCCCUCCAUUCUCCACAAGUACAAUAUUUCUGAUUUCUCGAUGAAACUACUAAUUUAGACAAUAAACGGUUCAACAAUAAGGUGCCAGUGUUCAUAAGUUAAUUUUAGCUUCAGUUAGUCAGUUUAAUCGCUAUUUCACUUUUUGUUAUCUGCUUAUUUUUAUCGACAACAUAAUGAAAUCAUUACCAAUUAAGAGUUAUUCUAUACAUAUAAACAUUAAACCUACUAUUUACUUUUAAAAGUUAGGUUGUAAUAUAUAGAUUAAAGUUGUAUUUUAAUGUAUGUGUAAGAAAUAUCUAUAUUUAUAAAUUACAAAGUAAGUACAUAUUUGAAAAUAUACACUUGGUGUGUUAUAAAUGUACAUUUGAGUUGAGUUGUAAGCGAUGAUUGGUCAGGCGGAGUCGCUUCGUUCAGAUUCGGCGACGCGGCGCGAGUGCUGCACGCUGCGGUGCAGUGCGCGUGCGCGUCGCACACA